CAAUAUGUUUGUGUGAAGUCAGACGCUGUUUAUUAAGCAAUAGUGCUUCGAUUUUUGUUUUAUAGUUUGCUAGGCUAAUUAGUAAAUACUUUUCAUUUUUUACCGGCUUUGACUGUGUGAGGUUUGGAUAAUGUGUAUUGACUGUGUCCAGAAAGAGUAUCCCAAUAGGGGGAACACUUGCCUGGAGAAUGGCUCCUUUCUCUUGAAUUAUGUCAGCUGUGCAAAGUGCAGUAAAAGAGAUUUUGUACUAAUUGCAAACCGGCAAGUUGAAGAGGAAGAUGGUGAAGAAGUAAUUACCUAUGAUCAUGUAUGCAAGAACUGUCACCAUGUCAUUGCAAGCCAUGAGUACACAUUUACAGUGGUGGAUGACUACCAGGAAUACACCAUGCUGUGCUUGCUGUGUGGGAAAGCAGAAGAUUGUAUCAGUGUUCUCCCAGAUGAUCCUCGACAGAUGGCUCCUUUGUUCUGAAUGUAUGAUUUCACUGGAAAACUGUUAAAUAGAAAAUUCAUUUUUUACAGUUUCUAAGUACUAAUUAGUAAAGAAAACUAUUUUUAUAUUAUCUUUGUAGUGUAUUCUAAACUGUUAAUUUGGCCUCAUUUAGUAGUUCAGAAAUGAUGCAUAGAUGUGCCAGAAGUGAGACUUCCCCAUAGACUGUUCAGCUUAUAAUUUUAUUUUGCUUAACUACACAAAAUUAAGCAAAAGCUUAGUUCUAACCUUGUAGAAAUGGUUUAAUUUUUACAUUUGUAUUAACUUAUUUGGUAUGCUAUUCGAUGCUGUUUUUUAAAUAAAAGAUAUAUAUUUUAUAAAAUUGAA